GUCUUCCAUCACGACGGCCACGUCCAAGACGCCCUUCAUUGAAAGGAACAGAAUAACAGAACACAGAAAGGCCUAAUCGACCCAAGACCUCGGAAUCUACGACAACCGUGACGAUGCGUGAAAUUAUUUACAUCCAGGCCGGUUCAUUAGCGAAUUACAUCGGGACACAUUUUUGGAAUGCACAAGAGGCGUACUUCGCUUACUCCGAAUCCGAACGACAAGGCGAAGACGGCGUUGACAGAGAGGAGGAGCCUCCUUUGAUUGAACAUGAUGUGUCGUUUCGGGAAGGGAUUGACAGAAAGGCAAGUAAUUACAUUUUUUUCUCUCUCCUCCCCGGAUCGCCUUAUUUCUCACGCUUUGGCGUGAAUGUGAUUGGCAGGGAAACGCGACAUAUACUCCAAGAGCUUUGAUUUUUGAUAGAAAGGCAAAUUUCGGAUCGCUGGCUAGAAACGGGGUUUUGAAUAACAACGGCGACGAUGAUGAUGACCAAGAUUCUGUUCCCGCUCCUUGGAACGGAGAAGUGACGGAAUACAGGCAGGAAGUUGUUCCAGAGUCAAAGUAUCAGACUCAGCUCCACGACGAUCAAGUGUCACCCCCUCAGGAUGUUCGGUACUGGUCCGACUUUAAUCGUGUCUAUUACCAUCCGAGGUCUAUGCAGAUACUUCCUGAUAUACCCGAUUGGCAAGAUACGGAGGGCGAUUGGGGCUAUGGACAGGAAGUAUUCAGUCGCUUUAACGAGGAAACGGACUUGAUGGAAAGCUCAAUGAGGUCGUUCUUAGAGGAAUGUGAUCAUUUCCAGGGACUACAGGUUAUUAGUGAUACGUCAAGCUUUGGCUCCUUCAUGUACUCGUUACUUUGCACUUUUGGCGACGAAUUAAGCAAAACCUCUCCGAUCGUCGUACCUUUGGUGGCCGACGUCGUACCCCAGACCGUGGCUGAGCCCUCUAUUUCGCGAAAGAUCAUCAAUGAAGCUCUCUACUUGCGCGGGCUUAGGAACGACUUACCAUCAUCAACUACGGUCAUUCCGGUCCAGGUUCCGUCUAAUGGUCACAAGCCACGAUGGAAGAGCCAAUUGACUACCAUUGAUGACUCUGACUACCAUACAUCUGCUCUACUUUCGGCGCAUAUCGAAAAUGCCACAAUACCUCUACGGUCCAAGGUCAACCGGGAAACAAUUCCGAUAUUUUCAUCAUCCCUGAAUCGCCACGGACUACACCAUUUCAGUCAACUGAGUGGCGUAGUACCGGUUUCAUUCUCCAAUGAUGUGGACAUGGAUGCCGUUUCAUCCAUCUUCUGGUGUGGGAAGGCAAUUGAUAAAUCUGAACCGACUGGCUCUGCCUAUUUUGCUCGGAGAGACGUCACAAGAGCUCUCUAUUCUAUUCCAUCUUCAACACAUACGUAUGAUGGAACUAUUAUAAUCAACAACAGCAUGAGGUCAUCCACACGACUGCCACCAUACCCCAUUCCUACCUCGUUUCCGAGCAUUUUGGUUGACAACAAGGAACCGAGGAUCCUUGUGGAUCGGGGACGAGCCAAACAGGGUAGCUUGGACACCUCCCUCCCCGCCGGCACUGCGAAUCCCGGCGGCCCGGUGGGGAUCUUCUCUUCCCUUUCUGUUUCUCCCGCGAUAAGUUCCAUAUUUGCAGACUACGCGCGGUUCGUUUCGAAGUGUGUGGAACAACGGAGAGGUUGGGUUGAGGACCAUGAUGGUUUGAAAGAACUCGUGAACGAUCUGUGGACGAUUCAUGAUGGAUAUGUCGAUAUGGAGGGUAAGGAACCGAAUGAUAGUGAUAAUGAUGAAGCGUCGGAUUGAGGAACGUACUAGUUGCCGUUGUGUCUCUACUCACGGAAAUCGAAUCCAAGCCUAACUCUCAUAUGAGAAGAUGCGAGAAUCGGC